UUCUUCUCUUUCUUGAUGAAUAUAUUGGAUGAAGCUUUUUGUUUGCGUAUUAUUGGGAGAAUUGUGUGAAACCAAACGUCGGAACCCGACGACGACACGACAUAAGCCUGAUAGCCAACAAACAUACGGCCACGGGCAAAACACAGCAGCAGCAGCAGCAGCAUCAGCAUCAGUAACAUCAGCCUGAUACUUGGUUGGACUUUUCUGUCUCUGUUCCCCACCCCCGCCCCAACCAUCUUGCGGCUGGGAUUUUGAGAGGGUUUUAUAUUUAUGAAUUGGAAUGGGAUAACAAGACUUUGGAGAACUUGAGAGUUUUGUCGAAUAUCAUUGCUUUGGAUAUUGUCGUCGCGUAGCUGUUAAAACAGUCAAAAAUGGUCAACAAACUCGACCUCGAAGCCUUCCAACACGACCGCUCCCGGUGGCGCCGCUCACUCCUUUUCCCCUCCUGGCUCCUCCAGAUCCUCAUCCUCCUCUGCCUCAUGGGUAUAUUCGCCUACCGACUCGCAGAAACAUUCGAGCAUUACUCGGCCGAGAAGAAGAACGGUUCCAUUCCCAUGGUCGAAGUAGUAUGGGAAGCAACAAACAUCCUCUUCAACCUCCUCUCCCUCCUCCUCACAAUCCUCGAACUGGCGCGCUUCAUCACCUCCCGCCUCACCCCCUUCCUCCUCCUCUCCACCAACCUCGUCAAACUUGUGCUCUCGCUUGCCGUGUUGGGUCUCGAUGUUGUAGCCCAUUUGCGACAGCUAGAUGGGCAUUACCCCACCAUCGGGCUCAGUCUUGACUGUGGUCUUCUUGCUGCUUCGUUGUCUUCGUUUGCGUACGCGGUCCUCAAGCACAGCGAGUCGAGAAAAUACGAACAAUAUCACCUCACUGACGAGGUUAAGCGUGCGGAACCGGGGAUUUUUAUGGCUGGAGCCGCGGGGGGGGGGAGGAUCACGGGGAUUGUCAAGCCUUAUGAUCGGGAUAGUGCCAGUUACAGGUAUGAUUACGCCAGGACGGUGGAGAGUGAGGAUCGUCGUGUCAGUGGGGAGGGGGGGGGGGGGAAGUGGGACACGUCAUGUGAAUCCCAGACCGGUCACUUCAGUUCUGAACAACACGGCUCGGUGGCGUCAGGCAGGACGGGUGUCACAGUCAGAGAGAUCUCGCCCAGUGGGACCGGGUUGGAGAGGGAGAUUGACAGGGCGCCGAGCGGGGAGCUUGGUUGGGCUGCUGGCGGGCAAGUAGGGAGUGAUGUCAGUCCGAGCAGCAGCAUGACCGGGCGAAGUGGCAGCGUGGUGCGCAACGCGGGGGUGGUGCACAUGGCUGUGCCGGAGAUUCAUGUUUCUAGGCAGCAGAGUUGGAGGACGGAGGUGAUUGCUUGAGGAGAGGGAGGAUGCAGGGAGGACGAGGGAGGGGUUGUUGAGGUGAUGCUGGCAGGAGGUUUGUUUUGGAUACCAGGAGUUUUGUCGAUGAUUUUUGGUUCACGGAGCAAGGAGUUCAGGUUAGGAUAUAAUGAAGUGAUGCCCCCGCCAAAAAAGGCCAAGAAAAAAUGUGUUUUAUUUUCCCCCAAAACAUCCACCCCAAAAAGCAAGCAAGCCAAAAAAUAAAUCUGCCCAGAG